AUGGAGCCGGGAGAGCCUGGAUCCUCCCAGGACAAGCGGCCACUGGAGGAGGACUCAGAUGACCAAGAUCUCCAGGAUCAAUCUGAAGUGGAAGAUUUGCUGGAGAUAGCAUCCGAGGCGCCCACAGAUACAUCUUGGGCCGGGGAGGUGGAUGAAGCUGAGCUUGAUGGCGAAAUCCUGAUCGAAGAACCACAGGCGAGGCCCAGGAAGAAGAAGAGCCUGGAUGCGGCUGCCCUGGCCGCUCGCCGCGUGUGCAAGCGGCUGAGGCAGGAACGGAAGGCCGCACGCAAGGCCAAGCGCAAGGCCGAGGCCAAGGCCAAGAAGCGGCGUGGCUUCGGCGCCGACUUGGAGGGCUUCUUGGUGAAGACCAAGGAGCGUUUGGAGACGAAGGCCUUGGAGGCCGAGGCCUUGGCAGCGGCAGCCGUCAUGGCCGAGGCGGAGGUCUCCAGGCCGAAGGCCGAGGCGCCGCCCAAACCGGACCUCCGCGGCUUCGUCGCGAAGACGCGGGAAAGGCUCCUGGCGCGGUCGGAGCUGGAGAAGGCCACGGAGGAGGCCCGACGCGCCAAGGCGGCCGCCCUGGCGGCCAACGUGGACUUGGAGUCCUUCCGGAAGGAAUGCCAGGCGCGCAUCGCCCAGAGGCUCCUGGCCAAGAUGCCUCAGAUCCGGGGCGCGGAGAAAGAUGCUGGGAACAUCAACUGGGCCUGCAUCACGCGGCGCCGAAUCGCCAUCGUGGGCGCCGGUCCCGUGGGCCUCUGGGCUGCCAUGUUGCUGGCGCAGAAGUACCGCUGGACCGAUGGCACUGGCUGUGCCCGGCUCCGACCGGAUGCGCCCGAGGUGGUCCUCUUCGAGGCCCGAUCCAUGGAGAACCACUGCACCCGGACGGACAUCCGCAUCGCGCUCUCCUCCUCGACGCGGGCCAUGCUGGACCAGCAGACGAAGUCGAGGAGCUUCACUUCCGGCAUGCCCGUCGCAGAGAUUGAAGACACCUUCCUCAGGCGCUGGAAGAAGGUGGCGGGCCAGGAGGCAAGGAUCGGCUAUGGCUCCUCCAUCUCAGACCCAGCGGAGCUCUGCCAAUCCGGGCAGUUUGACUGCAUUCUCUGGGCUGCGGGACGGAGAUCCCUCGACGACCCCUUUCGAAAGGAUUUGGGUUGUGAGGUGAAGAUUGGCGACAGUCAGCGUGUGCUUGUCUUCCAGGUCCAGGACCUCCAGGGAGCAGACGCCUGGCAGCUGGGGAGCAUGGACCUCUCCGGCGCCGCCCAGCAAGCGGGCCGCUUCCCCGGUCUCCGCGUGAUGCUGCGGCCGGGCUUCGAGGGCGCCUGCGCCUGUUGCUUGGUUGCUGCUAAGGAACUUUUGUUGACUUAA